AUGAAAGAAACUUGGAAGAUGGAGCAACUGGCGAAAGCUUACAUCAAACAUGUGGUGAGGUUACAUGGAGUUCUAAAAGAUAUUGUAUCUGACAGGGAUUCCAGAUUUCUAUCAAAAUUCUGGAAAAGUGUACAAGAAAAUUUUGGAACAAUACUUAAGAUGAGUACAGCGUUUCACCCUGCCAUAGAUGGGCAAACUGAAAGAACUAUUCAAACCUUGGAGGACAUGUUGAGAGCUUGUACACAUUUAACACAAGUAAGGGAAAUUCAAGCUAAAAUUCAAGCAGCUCAAGAUCGCCAAAAGAGCUAUGCAGACUCGAAGCGAAGGGAAGAAGAGUUUGAAAUUGGUGAUAAGGUGUUGUUAAAGGUGUCACCAAUGAAGGGGGUGAUGAUAUUUGGAAAGAAAGGAAAGCUCAGUCCAAAAUACAUUGGUCCAUAUGAAAUACUACAAAGAAUAGGCAAGGUAGCUAAUAGGUUAGCAUUACCUAUGGAGCUUAGUAAAGUACAUGAUGUAUUUCAUGUGUCCCAACUAAGAAGGUACAUCCCUGAUAAAUCCCAUGUGCUACAACCCGAAACCAUUGAGUUAGACCAAAUCUUAACUUAUGAAGAGAGACCUGUCAAGAUUCUCGACAGGAAAGUGCGUAGUACACGCAAUAAGAACGUGAACAUUGUAAAAAUACUUUGGUCUAACCAAGAAUAUGAGGAAGCCACUUGGGAGGCAGAAGAUGAAAUGAAAACGAAAUACCCAGAAUUGUUUCAGGUGAUUAAGGAGUUGGCUUUGCAAAGGGAUCAAGAAGAGAAAAAAUUGCUAAGCAAAGAAGAAGCAAGCUCCUUGGAGAGGGCUUGGAAAGGUGAUAAGUGUUUUUUAUGUAACUUUUAG